GUAAGGUUAUGUACGAACCUAUGGUACGAACUAUCUCUGUUUACGAAACUCAAGUUUGUAAACAGUGGGUUUUACAUUUAAAUAAUUUAUUUAUCUAAUAAUUUUACUGGAAAUGAACGUUGACCAAAACACCUUAGAACAGAAACCUGUGUUUAAGACAACUUCGUGGUUUGUAUCGAGACAUAACAACAAGAAGCGCACUUGGAAGGGUUUGAAACAAAUCAUUUCAUCCGAGAAAGCUUUACCAUGGCCUGAUGAUGCCGUUCAUUAUAGCAGCAUAAAUGCUCCACCCUCCUUUACACCACCAGAGAAAUUUUCUGAUUUAUCUGGCAUACCUGCUCCUUAUACUGAUCCACAAAGUAGAUUGCGAUAUGCAAAUAAAGAAGAAUAUGCCACACUUAUCGAUCUGCCUAUGGACAUAACUGCUGGAUAUCUUGCUUUGAGAGGUGCUACUAGUAUAGUAGGUUAAUUAUAAAUAUUACAUCCUAAUGGAGAAAUUAUUUUUGUUAAUGUUAGUAUAAUUAUGUUAUACCAUAUAAAUCUAAAUGUCUUAUGAUUUAGUGAGUUUAUACCAAUUUUAGUUUAUCUGCCUACGUCUAAAGCAUACUUAAUAAAUAAAUAAAAAAUAUAAAACUU